AUGGCCAUAGGAUACGAAGAAAAAGAGCAAGGACCGAUGAAAGAGAGCGGGAGAAGAGUGAGAGCGCGGCGCUGGGAGCCCCGCAGCGGCGCAGGAGAUGACGAGGAAAUUGGCGGCCGCGCCGACGAUCUGACGAAUAACAGCACCGGUGAUGUCAAUAACAGCACCGGUAAUGUCAAUAACAGCACCGGUAACAAUGUCAAUAACAGCACCGGUAACGUCAAUAACAGCACCGGUAACAAUGUCGAUAACAGCACCGGUAAUGUCAAUAACAGCACCGGUAAUGCCAAUAACGGCACCGGUAACAACGUCAAUAACAGCACAGGUAACAGCGUCAAUAACAGUACCGGUAACAGCGUCAAUAACAGCACCGGUAACCGCUUCAAUAACAGCACCGGUAACAGCGUCGAUAAAAGCACCGGUAACGUCGAUAACAGCACGGUCACAUCCAGUCAAGUCCCCUCGCAACGCAUUCACAUCCAGUCAAGUCCUCUUGCCACACACUGUCACACCAAGUCAAGUCCCCUCGCCACGCACAGUCACAUCAAGUCAAGUCCCCUCGCCACGCACAGUCACAUCAAGUCAAGUCCCCUCGCCACGCAGUCUCAUCAAGCGCGCCCGUCAAGUGGUGGCACCGAAGACGAGCUCGACAGCGCGGUCGCUGCUGCAUAA